GGCUGAAGUGCCGUCGCUGCCGCUACUGCUGCUGCAGGGAAAAUGCUGAGCCCUCCCGGGCCCGGUGGGCGGCGGCGGCGAGGGCGGCGACGGACACCCGCUUCCCGGGCGAGGCGGCGGCGGCCAUGGCCCGGCUGGCCGACUACUUCAUCGUGGUAGGCUACGACCACGAGAAGCCAGGGUCAGGAGCCGGCCUGGGGAAAAUAAUCCAGAGAUUUCCACAGAAGGACUGGGAUGAUACACCUUUUCCACAGGGAAUUGAAUUGUUUUGUCAGCCCGGCGGGUGGCAGCUGUCCAGAGAGAGGAAGCAACCAACGUUUUUUGUGAUAGUCCUGACAGAUAUUGACUCAGAUCGACACUACUGCUCAUGCCUAACCUUCUAUGAGGCAGAGAUCAAUCUUCAGGGAACAAAGAAGGAGGAGAUUGAAGGUGAAGUGGAAGUGACUGGUUUAAUUCAGCCUGCAGAAGUGUUUGCUCCUAAAAGCCUGGUGUUGGUAUCCAGAUUAGAUUAUCCAGAAAUUUUUAGGGCUUGCUUGGGUUUGAUCUACACUGUAUAUGUGGACAGUCUGAAUGUCUCCUUGGAAAGUCUCAUUGCAAACCUGUGUGCAUGCCUUGUCCCAGCGGCUGGAGGGUCUCAGAAGCUGUUUUCCUUGGGUGCAGGAGAUAGACAGCUGAUUCAGACUCCUUUGCAUGAUAGUCUUCCAGUCACAGGCACUAGUGUGGCUCUCCUGUUUCAGCAGUUGGGAAUUCAAAAUGUCCUCAGCCUCUUUUGUGCAGUCCUCACGGAAAAUAAGGUUCUCUUCCAUUCUGCAAGUUUCCAGAGACUUAGUGAUGCUUGUAGAGCCCUGGAAUCUUUAAUGUUUCCUCUUAAAUAUAGUUAUCCGUAUAUUCCCAUUCUCCCGGCUCAGCUACUGGAAGUUCUAAGUUCCCCAACACCUUUCAUUAUUGGAGUACAUUCUGUCUUUAAAACCGAUGUUCAUGAACUUUUAGAUGUAAUCAUAGCCGAUUUGGAUGGAGGCACUAUUAAAAUUCCUGAAUGUAUUCACCUCUCUUCCCUCCCGGAACCACUUCUACAGCAGACUCAAGCAGCUCUUUCUUUGAUUCUACACCCAGAUUUGGAAGUAGCAGAUCAUGCUUUUCCCCCUUCACGAACAGCUUUAUCCCACUCAAAAAUGCUGGAUAAAGAAGUGCGUGCAGUUUUUCUUAGAUUAUUUGCACAACUUUUCCAAGGAUAUAGAUCAUGCCUGCAACUUAUCAGAAUUCAUGCAGAACCAGUAAUACAUUUUCACAAGACAGCUUUCUUGGGGCAGCGUGGUUUGGUUGAGAAUGAUUUCCUCAUUAAAGUUCUCAAUGGAAUGGCAUUUGCAGGUUUUGUUUCAGAAAGAGGUCCUCCCUAUAGAUCCUGUGAUCUCUUUGAUGAGUUGGUAGCUUUUGAAGUAGAGCGGAUUAAAGUUGAAGAAAAUAACCCAUCGAAGAUGAUAAAGCAUGUCAGAGAACUUGCUGAGCAACUAUUCAAAAAUGAGAAUCCAAACCCUCAUAUGGCAUUCCAGAAAGUUCCACGCCCAACAGAAGGAUCUCACUUGCGAGUGCAUAUUCUUCCUUUCCCAAAGAUUAAUGAAACCCGAGUACAGGAAUUAAUACAGGAAAAUCUUGCUAAGAACCAGAAUGCACCUCCUGCUUCACGAGUGGAAAAGAAAUGUGUUGUGCCAGCAGGUCCACCUGUUGUUUCAAUAAUGGAUAAGGUGACAACAGUUUUCAACAGUGCACAGAGAUUGGAAGUUGUUAGAAACUGCAUCUCGUUCAUAUUUGAAAAUAAAACAUUGGAGACUGAAAAGACCCUUCCUGCUGCAUUGAGAGCCCUUAAAGGAAAGGCAGCAAGACAGUGUCUCACUGAUGAGCUGGGUUUGCAUGUCCAGCAAAACCGAGCAAUAUUAGACCAUCAACAGUUUGACUACAUAAUUAGGAUGAUGAACUGUACUCUACAGGAUUGUUCAAGUUUAGAAGAAUAUAACAUUGCUGCAGCAUUACUCCCUUUGAUCAGUGCUUUCUAUAGGAAACUGGCCCCUGGAGUCAGCCAGUUUGCCUACACCUGCGUACAGGACCACUCCAUUUGGACAAAUCAGCAAUUCUGGGAGACAACCUUUUAUAAUGCAGUGCAGGAACAGGUUCGUUCCCUGUAUCUCUCAGCCAAGGAAGACAAUCACAUCCCACAUGUGAAGCAAAAGGAUAAGCUUCCUGAUGACCAGUAUCAGGAGAAGACAGCAAUGGACCUGGCGGCCGAGCAGCUACGCCUUUGGCCUACUCUGAGCAAAUCAGCUCAGCAGGAGCUGGUGCAACGUGAGGAAAGUACUGUCUUCAGUCAGGCCAUUCACUUUGCAAACCUCAUGGUCAACCUGCUAGUUCCACUGGAUACGAGUAAAAACAAGCUCCUAAGAACAUCGGCGCCAGGGGACUGGGAGAGUGGGAGCAAUAGCAUUGUCACAAACAGUAUUGCAGGAAGUGUAGCUGAGAGCUAUGACACAGAAAGUGGGUUUGAAGAUUCAGAGAAUAAUGAUAUUGCCAAUUCUGUUGUGCGUUUCAUUACGCGAUUUAUUGAUAAGGUUUGUACAGAAAGUGGAGUUACUCAGGAUCACAUCAAGAGCCUUCAUUGCAUGAUACCAGGAAUUGUAGCUAUGCACAUUGAGACCCUAGAAGCAGUGCAUCGAGAGAGUAGAAGACUUCCACCUAUACAGAAGCCCAAGAUUCUUAGACCUGCUCUACUGCCGGGAGAAGAAAUUGUUUGUGAAGGUCUUCGAGUCCUACUGGAUCCUGAUGGAAGAGAAGAAGCCACCGGAGGCCUUCUUGGAGGUCCUCAGCUCCUGCCAGCAGAAGGAGCCUUGUUCCUCACCACUUAUAGAAUUCUCUUCAGAGGGACUCCCCAUGAUCAGCUAGUUGGUGAGCAGACAGUUGUGCGAAGUUUUCCUAUUGCCUCCGUCACCAAGGAGAAGAAGAUCACGAUGCAGAACCAGCUCCAGCAGAACAUGCAGGAAGGACUGCAGAUCACAUCAGCAUCUUUUCAGUUGAUUAAAGUAGCAUUUGAUGAAGAAGUGAGUCCAGAAGUAGUAGAGAUCUUUAAGAAACAGCUGAUGAAGUUCCGUUAUCCUCAGUCCAUUUUCACCACCUUUGCUUUUGCUGCUGGACAAACUACCCCACAGAUAAUGUUACCCAAACAGAAGGAAAAGAACACUUCCUUUCGCACCUUCUCAAAAACAAUUGUGAAAGGUGCCAAAAGGGCAGGGAAAAUGACAAUUGGGCGGCAGUAUUUAUUGAAGAGGAGGACAGGGACAAUUGUGGAAGAGAGAGUGAAUCGUCCUGGAGGGAAUGAAGACGACGAUAUAUCUGUUUCAGAUGACAGCGAACUCCCCACAAGCACCACUCUGAAGGCCUCAGAGAAGUCCACAAUGGAACAGUUAGUGGAAAAAGCUUGUUUCAGAGACUAUCAACGUUUGGGUUUGGGAACCAUAAGUGGCAGCUCUUCUCGCUCAAAACCAGAGUAUUUUAGAAUCACUGCCUGCAACAGGAUGUAUUCACUCUGCCGGAGCUAUCCCGGCCUUUUAGUUGUACCUCAAGCUGUACAGGACAGCAGUUUGCCAAGAGUAGCCCGCUGCUAUCGACACAAUCGCCUGCCUGUUGUAUGUUGGAAGAACUCAAGAAGCAGUACCCUGCUCCUCCGAUCUGGAGGAUUCCAUGGGAAGGGAGUAGUUGGUCUUUUCAAAUCUCAAAAUUCCCCUCAGGCAGCUCCUACCUCCUCUUUAGAAUCUUCCAGUAGCAUAGAACAAGAAAAGUACUUGCAAGCCUUACUGAGUGCAGUUUCUGUCCAUCAGAAACUCAGUGGCAAUAACACCCUUACUGUCAGGCCCGCACUUGCUCUGUCUCCAGGGACUGAAAGGAGGACUUCGAGAAUGUCCACUGUGCUUAAGCAGGUAGUGCCAGGACAUUUGGAUGUAAACCCAUCCAAUAGCUUUGCUCGAGGAGUGCAUGGGUACAGAAAUAAAUGUUUUACUCAGUCAAAUCCCAAAUCUUCAACUAAGGCAAGAGUCCAUAAUCAAGGUGUAUGGGCAAGUCUUCGCUCUAGCACUCGCCUGAUCAGCUCUCCAACAUCCUUCAUUGAUGUUGGCGCCAGGCUGGCAGGCAAGGAUCACACGGCCUCCUUUAGUAACAGCACCUACCUGCAAAACCAGCUCUUGAAACGCCAAGCAACCCUUUAUAUAUUUGGUGAAAAGUCACAACUAAGGAACUUCAAGUUAGAAUUUGCUUUAAAUUGUGAGUUUGUUCCUGUUGAAUUUCAUGACAUCCGACAAGUGAAAGCCAGUUUUAAAAAGCUGAUGAGGGCUUGUGUCCCAAGCACCAUCCCUACUGACUCAGAAGUGACCUUUCUGAAAGCCCUGGGAGACUCUGAGUGGUUCCCACAGCUUCACAGGAUAAUGCAGCUGGCUGUGGUUGUAUCAGAAAUACUUGAGAAUGGUUCCUCAGUUUUGGUCUGUUUGGAAGAAGGCUGGGACAUCACUGCACAAGUGACAUCCCUGGUUCAGUUGCUCAGUGAUCCCUUUUAUAGGACACUUGAAGGCUUCCGGAUGUUGAUCGAAAAAGAGUGGCUCUCUUUUGGUCAUAAAUUCAGUCAGCGGAGCAGCUUGACCCUCAACUGUCAGGGUAGUGGUUUUGCUCCAGUCUUCCUACAGUUCUUAGACUGUGUACACCAGGUUCAUAACCAGUAUCCAACUGAGUUUGAAUUCAAUCUCUAUUACUUAAAGUUCUUGGCUUUCCAUUAUGUAUCCAAUCGCUUUAAAACAUUUCUCCUGGAUUCAGACUAUGAAAGAUUAGAGCACGGAACUUUAUUUGAUGAUAAAGGAGACAAGCAUGCCAAAAAAGGGAUUUGUAUUUGGGAGUGUAUUGAUAGAAUGCACAAGAGGAGUCCCAUUUUCUUUAAUUAUUUGUAUUCACCACUGGAAAUAGAGGCCCUGAAGCCCAGUGUAAAUGUCUCCAGCCUCAAGAAGUGGGAUUACUACAUAGAGGAGACCCUUUCCACAGGACCUUCAUAUGACUGGAUGAUGCUGCCCCCCAAGCAGGUCCCCUCCGAGGACUCUGACCUGGCUGCAGGAGCUGGGCCCCAGAGCCAGAGGAAAACAGUGUGGCCGUGCUAUGAUGAUGUUAGCUGUACUCAGCCCGAUGCUCUCACCAGCCUCUUCAAUGAAAUCGAAAGAUUAGAGCAUAAAUUGAACCAAACCCCUGAGAAGUGGCAGCAGCUGUGGGAAAGGGUAACCAUGGACCUUAAAGAAGAGCCCAGAGCAGACCGUCCCCAGAGACACCCUUCGGGCUCCCCAGGAAUUGUGUCUACCAACCUACCUUCCUAUCAGAAGAGGUCUCUGCUGCACCUCCCAGACAGCAGCAUGGGGGAUGAGCAGAAUGCCAGCAUCUCCCCAUCCAAUGGAGUGGACCGAAGAGCAGCCACGCUGUACAGCCAGUACACGUCCAAGAAUGACGAAAACAGGUCCUUUGAGGGAACACUUUACAAAAGAGGGGCUUUGCUGAAAGGAUGGAAGCCCCGUUGGUUCGUUUUGGAUGUAACAAAACAUCAGCUGCGAUACUAUGACUCGGGUGAGGACACAAGCUGUAAAGGCCACAUUGAUCUGGCUGAAGUAGAAAUGGUCAUCCCUGCUGGCCCCAGCAUGGGAGCCCCGAAGCACACGAGUGACAAGGCUUUCUUUGAUCUCAAGACCAGCAAACGUGUGUAUAACUUCUGUGCCCAGGAUGGACAGAGUGCCCAGCAGUGGAUUGACAGGAUCCAGAGCUGUCUCUCUGACGCCUGAUGCCCAUGGUCAACCCAAGCAGAAGAGGGAGGAAGGACUCAUGCUGCCAGAUAGAAAAAGAGUGCAUGAAUCCUUGAGGAGCUGACAGCUUCCUGUUCAGUUCUGAUGAGUCAUCCCAGGGCCUGAGGUUCUCCUGGCCAGUCUUACCCAGUCCCCUCUUUCAGCAGUUGCUGUGUCUACUUAGCCUGAGUGGAUGUGUCACACAGGUCUAGUCAAGAGCCCCAAGUAUUCCCUGUUUCUUGCACUAGAUUGUUCUAACCGGGUCUUAGUGGUUAGGCAUCAGAAGAAUGCUUCCUGAGCCAACUGUCCUCCAUCCCCUAGACAAAAUGGCUACCACCUACUUGGGUCCUUGUUCAUGAAAGCUAGAUCAUUUUUGUUCUCCAAGGUCAUAAUUUCCUUGGAGAGCUUUCUGACAAGCAAAAAUCAAAACCCUCCAAGAUCAUCAUACAUUGGGCAUAGAAUAGGUUUCCCAUCAGAGGCUCCUACUCUUACUGCCUGGCCUUAGAAAUGCUCAGUUCUCUGGUGCUGCCAAAAGGUGCUUCCAUAAUCCCUGCUCGGCCUCUGGGGUUGACAGCAAGAACACUGGUGCUCAGUGGCCGGCAAAGGGGAGCACAGGGGUUAUCCUGGUGGAAAAAGAUCGUCCAGGGAAUGAUGUAACAGUGACCAGGCCAGUGCAGGAAAACACUGAAUUCUCUAGGCCAAAAGUGUCCUGAGGACCCAGGACCUUGUGUUCCUAUGUAUUCUUCUGUUCCCUGACAGCGUCUUACAUGAAAUAACAUUCAAAAAGCUGAAUGCACUAACCCACGAAACAAACUUGCACUGAGCUCCUAAUGAAGUGGAGAUUUUGGAAGGACAGAACCAGCUGUUCAUGACCACCCCACACCUGUGACAGGGCUGUGCAGACCACUGUCGUGCUGUGCCGAGAUUGGAUACCCAGCGUUUCUGCACGGAACAAGAAGAACUGUGUGCAGACUUUCUUCACUCUUGAUGAUAACCUUGUGUUUGCUCAGCCUGAGAUCUGAGGAGUGCUGUCUGUUCACGGUGAGCAGAAGCAGCACCUCUGCUAUGGCCACUGCAGCCAACUGGAGUCAGAGGUAGCUAAGGUCAUUGCGUUUGUUCUGAAAUGUUAAUAUGUUAAAUAUCAAACUAAUAUUUCAAAAGUCUGUAUAUAUGAUUUCUAUAUCCUUGUUUUUCAGAUAGUCUGCUUAUAAUUUAAUAUAAAAUUAACUAAACUGAUUCAUUCAUAAGAUUUCGGUAAUAAAAUGGUUUCCUUUUUAAAAAAUAAAAAACCACUUUGUAGAUUAAAAAGAAAUCAGAUUUUCAAAUUUAAAAUUAUCCACACAUUAGGAAAUAGAACUGUGUUAAUAUAUAAGAAAUUGGGAGAUAGUAAGAAUGAAGGAUUUUUCUAUCAUUUCCAUUUUAUAAAUUGCCACCUGUGAAAAUGGGUUUUGCACAUUAUUUGUAUUUUUUCUUUGUAUAUGAAAUAAUUUUUUGUACUUUGUAAUAUAUGGAGCCCAUUGUACCUUCAGCUAUUUGAGACUGUACACAGUGCUUCUUUUGUAACUGGAUUCCUUUAACUUUCAUGAAGGCAUUACAUGCCUUACAUUCACUAACCACCUUGAAUUAAAUUUAUUUCUUAAGAAAAAGAAUCCCUCAUUACUGUGAAGUAAAGUUCAUUCUGCAGCACCUAGUGCUCAGGAGGCAGCAUUCAGGAUUGAUACGUGGAACUAAAGGUUCAAGGGUAAAACACAGCACGACCCAUUUUUGCCUUGGU